AUCUCCAACAAGCUGUUUCCAUCUCAGCAGCCUGUUGAGGUCAGUGUGUGGGGCCAAUGGCCCUGGGGAGCAAUGCUCAAAGGCUUUGGUGAAGGAUGGGGUCUGUCUCAAUGGGAGACAGAUGUUGCUGCCUGUCCUGGAGGUGUGUGGCUCUGGAUCCUGCCUUGCCCAUGGCUGAGGCUGCUGCACCUACACGUGGCGUGGUGCACCAUCAGUGUAGUGGAUCCCUUGGACAGUACAGGGGAUAUUUGUGCUGGGGGCAAAUGGGAUCUGAACGCCUGGAGGUGAGCAGGCUAAAGGUGCCUGUGUAGGUUGAGGGCAGCCUGAGCACAGCCCUUUGUUGGCUCGGAGGUGCUCUGUACAGACCCAACCUCUGCCCCACAGCACUGACUGCCUGCCUGACCUCAGCCACAGAGCUGGUGUAUGGGACACAUGAAGUGGGGACAGCCUGGGCAGGACAGGCUAGAGCAUCAGCACAGCCAGGGAAACACCAUAGCAAAGCUGGGGGCUCGUGCCUUCAGCCACUGCCAGCACUGGCAGGGCAGGGCUGGGAAGUACCCAGUUAUGGUGCGUGCCAGGGUGUGGGUGUUAGGAGGAUGUCAGCACAGAGUGGAGAGCUGUGGGAAGAGAGGGGUUGUGGCCAGAGAGGGAACUACUCCUGUGAGAAGCGGAAGUGAAAAGCAUGCAGAAGUCAAAGCAGAGCUCAGAGCUGUUUCCUACAUCAUUCACUCCCUGCAGAGUGACACACAGCACCCAGCAGUGCGGGCAUGGAGCCUCUCUCCUUCCAGGAAUACAUCUGCUCCCUGGACCCCACCACCCUUCCCCGCAUCCUCAGGAUAUGCUCUGGUGUCUACUUCCAAGGGUCCGUAUAUGAGAUCUCUGGCAAUGAGUGCUGCCUGUCAACCGGGGACCUGCUGAAAGUCACUGCUGUCACACUGCAGAAGGUUAUCUGUGAGAAUGUGCAGACGGGGCAGAAGACAGAGCUGCCACCAACGUUUAAGGGUCUUUUCCAGCUCUCUUCAGCUCCAUCGCCAUGUUCUACACCACAGAGACCCUCCCAGCCAGGCAGCAGGCAGAAGGGCCUGACCCUGCACCAGGCUGUGGGGCAGAGCGGUGGGCAGACACAACCCCUGCUGUGCCCCAGCAUCAGCCCUCAUGCCUUGCUGCUGAGCCCUGUGUACGAGGUGCUGGCCACCAUGCACUUGCGCAGGGACCAGGUGAAGAUCCCCUCCACGCUGGAGGUGGACGUGGAAGACGUGACAGAGGAGUCUCAAGACGUGCACUUCGCCCGGCCGCUGCUGCUCAGCGAGCUGCUGGGGAUGGAGGAGGUGCUGCCGGCCCAGGCCGAGAUCCUGGAGGGGCCCCACAGCGUCGCCAUCUUCGAGAGCUCCUGGGCCUCCCGCCUGCAGAAGGGGCAGCAGCUGCAGAUCCAUGGCUGCUCCCACUCCUGGAGGGUGUUGGCCUCGGCCCGCAGCAGCACCCGCCGCUUCCUCCUCUCCGGUGCCUACCAGGGCCGGUUCCGCCGGCGGCCUCGGCAAUUUUCCGGGGUGCAGGAGCUGGCGGCCGGGCUGCAACCAGGCCAGCAGCUGCACGUGGUGGUGACGCAGGACUGCGAGGGCCGCGGGGACGACGUUCCUCCGCUCAGCGUGGGUGACCGGCUGGAGGCCCGGCAGCUGCUGCACAACGCCGGCAGCACCAGGCUCUUGUGCCAGCGCCGCAGCGAGGAGGAGGACGGAGAGGAUGAGGAGGGCGAGGAGCUCCUGCUGCCGCUGGACCUGGGGGGCAGCUUCGUGGAGGAGGUGUGCGACAACAAGAAGUACGGGCUGGCGGAGCUGCUGGAACGGCUGACACUGCCGUGCGAUGUGCGGGUGGUGACCACGGAUCCGGCGCUGGAGCGGGACGUGUUGGGUUCCUUCUCCUCCCUGCGCUUGGAGGCCCGCAUCUCCCAGCCCUUCCUGCUCAGCAGCUUCUGCGAGGAGCCGGAUGAGGGCUUUGAGAUCCCGCCCCAGUGGUUGGACCUCUCCCUCGUCCUCACUGGGGAGCCUGUCGGCACCCAGACCCCAUCCACGCACCGCUCCCACGUGGAGGAGCUGACAGAGGCCUUCUACUACCAACUGCUGGCGCAGCUGCCGGGUGGCUCAGCCCCACCACCCCCACGGCCCCCCAAGCCAAAGACGGCCAGUGGGAAGGCACAGCCACACAAGGGCCGUGCCCAGGGCCAGAAGAACCAGGCACACCCCAAAGGAAGCUGCCCCCCAACCCCCCAGCACCCUGCCAGCCCCCAGGCCCACCCGGCUCCUUCGUUGCCCCCGAAGGCAAAAAGCCUCCCCAUCCAGCAGAGCAUCCCCAACAAGUACAGCCCGUGCCCCUACAGGCCAGCAGCCCCACAGCUCCACGAUGCUCCUGGAGACACAGAUAUGAAGAGAAGCAGUGAAGAACACGAUUAUGAAAUCAUUGAAGGCAGCAUUCAGAAGACGAUUCGCAAAGUGCAGGCUAUUCUUCCUUUUUAAUCCUCUGGUUUCUGAAGCUGACCAGACUCCAACUAUUCUUAAACCUUAUAUUAAAUUAAAACUAUUAAACAAAGGCUGAAUACAACCCCAGAGAUCCACAGCACAGCCUCUAUUUGCCUCAAUAUGUGCCCACUUUGCUCAAAUGCAAGCAGAUCACACACCUGAGGAACAGCCAGAUGUGCAGAAUAAAUCCUCCCUGCUGUGCUGUGGUGGGCUGUCAUGCUGUGGAUCAUGUCCUCAGAUGUUGCCUAUUGGACUCUCCAAUUGCACCAGAGCAGCAUACAGUGGGGCAGCCAUCCUGGGAGCUGAGCAUCCACCAAGAUAGCAUUGAGAUGCCAGCCAAGGCUUAGGGCCAUUUAUCUCACCCAGCUCCUUCUACAUUAACAUCACCCACACACUCUUAGAAUAGCUUGGCUGGAUUCUAUGGCUGUGCUGUGCUCAUCAGCAUUUCAGACUGAAAAGUUCUAAGACAAAUUCCUUUGUUGUGGUCACUGCUGGAAUCUACCAGAGGCCACUGAUAGCUCUCCCUACACAUCCCAUCCCUAUCAGAGAAGGCACCACCAGUCACCAGGAGCACCAAUACAGGGCAAUUUCCAGUCCCAGCUGCUUUAGACUAAAAGCAGGUACAAAUCUGAGCUGGAAAAUAAACUUUGAAUUUCACUUAUUAGCAAA